UUACGUUUGGUACUACUUGGGAAGCUAUCUGGCAUCUGCUAAUACGUUCUUCAUGGUCGACCAGAGGGUCGUCAUCUAUGUCAUGUUGGAUGAUUUUGCCUAUAUGGCAUUGAUAACUCUGAAUCGUCUCCGGACGUUUAAAAUUUUUAAGAUUAAACGGGAGAGGAGGUGGCAAGACAUCAGUAUGAUCAUGAAGAUUAUCAGUGAGCACAUCACAGAGCACAUACAGAAUGAGGUUGACUAUGUCUUCUGCAUGGAUGUGAAUCAGACAUUCCAAGACAGCUACGGUUUGGAGACCCUGGGAGACUCCAUAGCUCAGUUACAUAGCUAUUGGUAUAAGAAAAGCCCCAAAGACGUGCCUUAUGAAAGAAAUGUGUCAUCAGAAGCUUACAUACCAGAGGGGAAGGGAGAUUUUUAUUACCAUGCUGCUGUUUUUGGAGGCACAGCCUCGCAGGUCCUCAAGAUUACUAAAGAGUGUGCCAAAGGGAUUAUGAAUGAUAAGAAAAAUAAUAUCGAAGCAGUUUGGCAUGACGAAAGCCAUUUAAACAAGUAUUUCUUUCUCCAUAAACACACUAAAAUCUUGUCGCCAGAAUUUUGCUGGGAUUCACGUAACGCUAAGACUGAUGAUAUUGAGACUGUUAAAUUUUCUUGGAAUUUUAAGCAUUAUGAAUAUCUUAGACAGUAA